UUAUUCAUAUGAUUAAUAUUCUGUAUUUAUUGCCAAUCUAUUCUUCCUACUUCUUCAUUCCCUACCAAAAACAAUUCAGUCCUCCUUCAAGGACCCCUGAAUGAUUUAGCAGCAGGUAGAAAAAAGCCUGGCAUCUUUCUGGGACCUGAAACUGCCUGCUUUUCCCUCAAAAAAGGGUCUUUAACCCUCUCCCUAAAGGGCCGAGGAGGUGCAGUACCACCACGCGCCACUAGAUGGCACCAAGAGGCUGAGCUUUGAAGACACCUUCCUAAUUUAAUUUGAAUGAAAGGGGCAGUCUCAUUAAAGGGACAUUUUUAUUAGACUCCCAUUGGAAGAGGUGCAGAGGGAGGGGAAACUGAGCCAAGGGGGGGGUGGAAUUGGGGGUGUUUGGAGGGCAAUUGAGCACUGUAUGGGUCCCCAGAAUCUAGGCCGCGCCAGGCUCUGUAUGUAACACAGCACAGCCCUGGUCAGCCCCGGUCUAGGGCACCUCUGGUCUCCAGGAAAACACCCCCAGGCCUCUCUCAGUGCCCACACCCUGGCCUGGGGAAGGCCUGGCUUGGCCUGGGCAUGUUGGUUAGGCCUUAACGAGGCCAUGUGAGCCAGGCGGUAUGCCCCUUUGAUGUCACUAAUUAGAGAGGGCCUGGUCAGGGCGAGGCUGGGAGAGAGUUGGCGUCCCCCGCGCUUCUCCUGUCCUGCCAGCAGCCCCACAGGCCCAGACGCCAUAAAGGCAGGAGAGAGGCCAGAGCCCAGAUCCUAGAGUCAUCUGCCCGUCCGUGCCCGGGUGGAGGAGCUGGGGGCCCUGCCAGAGCCCGAGCUCAGAGCAAGGUGCCCCCAUCCCUGCUGCUGCCAUGUGGCUGCUGGGCCUUGUCUUGAUGCUGGGAGCUGCAGCUGCCAGCCCGGGUACCUACAAGCUGAAGGGCUACCCCUGCUGCCCCCACUCCCAGCCCUGGCAGGCGGCUGUCUACAAGGGUGUCACCUUCAGCUGUGGUGCCACCCUCAUCGCCAGGCGCUGGGUCCUCACAGCUGCCCACUGCAACAACAGCCCCAUCAACGUCCGCCUGGGCAAGUACAACCUCAACACCCCCGAGUGCACAGAGACGUACAAGGCUGUGGAGAAGACCAUCAUCCACCCUGGGUACAACUACACAUCCCAUGAACACGACCUCAUGCUGGUGAAGCUGAAGACGCCUGUCACUUACAACCGCUUCAUUGAGCCCCUAGGCCUUGCCACCCACUGCGUCCAGCCUGGCGAGGCCUGCCUGGUCUCGGGCUGGGGCAGCACACUCAAUGCCCCAGGGGACGUCCCUGUCAUCCUUUACUGUGCCAACGUCACCAUCCUGUCCCGGGAGCAGUGUUCAGCUGCCUACCCCGGUAGUGUGAAGGACACCAUGGUAUGUGCCGCUAUGAAGAACGGGGGCACUGAGUCCUGUGAGGGCGAUUCUGGAGGACCCCUGGUCUGUGAUGGGAGACUCCAAGGUUUGGUGUCUUGGGGCGACGUGCCCUGUAUCACCACCAUGAAACCUGGCGUGUAUGUGAAUGUCUGCAAGUACUAUGAGUGGAUCCGCUACAUGAUCCAGCACUACUGACCCUUCUCUGCAUACUAGGGGCUGGACGUUCCCUGCGUAGAAGAACAUCCCACCACUAUCAAAGCUGUAGAUCUCUCUGCCAACACUACCUUACUCUCAUUUCCCUUCAAGACAGUCCCAGCCCCACUCAGCUCCCCCAGAAGACUCCUAAUAACACCAAGGGGAACUCCAAUGUUUCCUUGAUGUGGCUGGAUUAUUUUUCCCCUUUCAUGAUAUUAAAUUAUCUUGCAUUUGAGUGUCUUGUAGCAUGCAAUCAUAUAGACAGCAGGCUAGAAGGGCCCUCAGGAGGCCACACCUGGGUCAAAUAUGCUCUCAUGCAUUUGAAUGUCUUGUAGCAUGUGAUCAUAGAGAUGGUGGGCUAGAAGGGCCCUCAGGAGGUUACACCUGUGUCAAAUGUGCUUCAGUUCUUGUCCACAUCCUGGGUCCAACCCAAAGCCAAGACCUCCAGUCAAUGGGAAAGGCGGAUGCCCAUCUCUUGGGUGUGAGGUUACCAUUAGGGCAGUGGCAUAGAGAGAUGGGCCCAAGCCAGGGCUGGAUAUCUCACAACCAUCUCCCACCUCCAUGAGGUUGAGGAAAUGUCCAGGGAUCAUUUUGGGAAGGGGAAAGAACAUGGAACUCUCUGAGCUCUGCCCAGCUGUGACAUCAGAAGGUGACUUCACCCACACAAGGAGAUGGAAGAAGCCCAUUGGCUGGGCUGUGGGGGGUGACCAAUGCCAUAAAAUCUCC